GUACCUUCUCUACACUCAGUCUCAGGCUGUUGCACACUUUCGGAUUCUCAUUCUCAAGGAAUGAGCCAAGCUCCGCACACUCCGACUGCAACUCGCUUCGACGCACGACCGGCGCAAAUGUUCCUCACCAUAGCCUGACGACUCCCUCCGAACACCAAACACCAAAUCAAAUCAGAUUUUCCAUCAGAGGCAAAAUGCCCGCUCCAGGCGGAACCAAGCGUGUUCGUGGGGUUCAAAUCUACCGGCCCUUCAUCUACGGCACUGAAGCCAUUCCCUUCGAUCCUGAGAACAGGCCUAAAGAUGCGCCACCCGAUCACACGCAUAGGUGGAGAGUUUUUGUCCGAGGAGUUAACAACGAAGAUAUCUCAUACUGGCUGAAAAAAGUCCAAUUCAAGUUGCACGACACCUACGCCAACAGCGUACGAAUGAUUGAGAGCCCACCGUUCGAAGUGGAAGAGACAGGAUGGGGUGAAUUCGAGAUCGCAAUCAAGUUCUAUUUCGUGCCAGAGAGCACUGAAAAACCACAGCAGAUCUGGCAUGGUCUCAAAUUACAUCCGUAUUAUGGAGACGUUGAGCAGCAAAAGAGGGACCGAACCAUGAUCAGCAGUGUUUGUUAUGAAGAAGUUCUCUUCAACGAGCCGGUGGAAGCAUUCUACGAACAUUUGACUGGAAGUGCUCAGGUCGUCAAAUCGAAAGCUGGAAAAGGGGGCAAAGGCCAGAUCAAAGGCCCACCAACAGCAGAAAUACCUAUGAGAAGUAGCGGAGGGAACAAGUUCAGUAGAGAGGAAGAGAGUAAAGAGCUCGACAGGCUGGGUGAGGCGGUAAAGCAAGUGCAGAAGCUGAUUGCGGAAGAGAAGUCCAAACUGAUCAAGGAGGAAGCAAGGCUACAAGAACUGGAGAAGACGGAGGGAAAGCCUAUCAAGAAGAAAUGAGUUCCCAGCAACGGCAUCGGACUGCCUGCGAGGGCGUAUACUCCUUGAUUGGACUUCGAAGGGCGUCGACUUCUGCCGGACUAUGUCUUCUACAGCUUGGGUCCGAUAAAGGUGGCCUGCUUGACGAGUGCGACUAUCUUCUCAGCAGCACUCCAGCUCAGCUCAUAUCCUCGACCACCGGCACCAUACCCGUGCAGAAUCUUCUUGUCCCUGUUAAUGGACUCAACCUCGAUCCGAUAACCGCCUUCACGCCAUGGCCUCCUGCCGACAUUGUCUUUGACAACAUCAAACUUCUCCACUGAGUCGACGAAAUCAGGGAAGUAUUUUACAGAUUGCCGAAGGAGUUCCUUCCUGGUUUGUGGCCUAGGUCGCUCUUCCAUGUCACCAAUCUCUUUCGUCCCGCCGAUAAUGGUCCCACCAUGGAGCGGCCGCGGAAUCAGGAACGACCAAGUCCCAUCAUGAUUUUGCCUAGUCACCGUCUUGCCAUAUUCCUGUCUUACCAGCACAGUUUGACCGCGGAUGAUUUUCACCUUGCCGUCUCGAUCGAAAUUUCGACCAGAGCAGUUUACGAUCGUCGAGACCUUUCCCAGACCGUUCUUCUCGGCGAACUCGAACGCUUCAGCCGCACUUGUUAAGCGAUGCUUGACGACUCGCCCAUCACUCGCCAGGAAGCGAUCAAGAAGCCACCUGCUGUACACCGGAACAUUGAUGCAAUAACUUUGAUACUCGCAGCCCCAUCUGACUCCAAGGGGUAGUUCUUCCUGCUCCAGAACGCGGAACUCAUCAUCCGGCCCAGCAUACAUGUCACCCGUCUUCAGGGACAGGACUGCCUCGGGUGGAUCCUCCAGAUAUUCAACGCCUGGCAUGAGUUUGACGCCGGCUUCGGACGCAACUUUUGCGAUCUCUUUCAUGAUCUCUGCCGUGCGCAGGGCCAUGUCAAAUUCUUGCUCGAGCUGGUGCGAUGAGCGCGGAAUCGGCCGGUAAUGCGCGCCUGCCCACAUUGACGCAUAGUCUGCGGAUGGGGAUGCUGUUGUCGGUGUUUCGGCUGCUAUGAUAGUGAUGUCUGCUCGAGGGAACUCGGUUCGCAUGAGGUUCGCAACAGUGAGGCCGGUAACUCCAGAACCUAUGAUGAUAAUGCGCUCCAAAGGAUGAUCGAGCGACAUUAUCCAAGGCUAGCCUGGAGAACUGUAGAUAGGUGGUGGAUGACCACACCUCACUUUCAUGCGUGUCGAGCUAGUACCCGUCGUCUUGCUCUGCGGCUUGGGAAGAAAGUGAAAUCAACGCGGCGUGUAUCGUCAAUGAAUUCCUUCAAUAUGGCUUCCAAGUCGUCCAGAAUAUAGAUCCGCUCGUCAGCCUCACAAGGCGCCUUUCGGCUAGGGACUUUGAAAUCGACAAAUCUGGUUGUCGUUGCGGAAAGGCGUAGGAGGUUUGCAGCCCAAGAUAGUCUACAGCAG